AAGUAACACAAAAAUUCCAAUAAUAAUAAUCAUAAAAGAAUUUCACAAUAUCAAUUAUAUAUGAAAUUAAUAUAAACAACAAACUUUAAGGAUUUGGAUUGUUUGACGAGAAUGAUUAGGUGGAAUCCUUUCCUGAUUUCUCCAGAUUAUUGUUGCUCCUCAGAGAAGAAACCAACGUCAAUGUCAGACUUCCCACCGGAGCUACUGUUCGACAUCCUAUCAAGGCUUCCGCCCAAGGAUUUGAUUCGAUUCCUCAGCGUUUCCAAAGCUUGGAAUGCCAUCAUCCGCCACCACCACUUCAUCAAAGCUCAUCUUCAACGCUCCAUCCAAACCAAUUCCUUUCGCACCAUUUUAGUCAGGUCAAUUGGCUCCCCCUCAUCAGAUUAUUUUUCAUCGGCUGUCAACGGCAGCGAAACGUUCCGGACAGUCGUUAAAAUUGAGCGGCCGUUGAAAUCCCCUGAGAGGUAUCAGAUACUGGGGUGCUCGAUUCAUGGAGUGGUUUGCAUUUGCAAUAGUCUCCGUACUAAUGUCGCUUUGUGGAACCCGUCAAUUCAAAAGUUUAAGAUGAUUCCCCUCCCAGCCAUUGAGCAGCAGCAGCCAUCAUCAGAUUUACAUACAUCCCUAGGGUUCGGGUAUGAUUCAGUUUAUGAUGACUUUAAACAUUUGCGAAUUGCGGAGCUUAGUAAGGGAGUCUUUGUGAGUUCUGAAGUUAGUAUUUAUAGCCUCAUAUUGAACUCAUGGAAAAGGAUCAAGAACUUGCCUCGCAAUGAUUUUAGUACACUGAAUGUGUAUGACACGGCGCUGGAGUUUUCAAAUGGUGCUCUGUGUUGGCUAAUGCCGAACAGAUUAGAUAUGUAUCGAUUCAUAAUUCUGACCUUUGAUCUUGCUACUGAAAAGUAUCGGGAGUUUGACACCCCGGUGGAUGAGGAUUACAGUACCGUCAUGGAGUUGGAGGUUUUAGGGGGCUCUCUAUGUUUCUGUUCAUGA